UUAUGCAAUGGUCUCUGCAAGAUGGCAUGUUCUUGAGUUGGAGCUUUUUAAGUCAAGCAUAUGCUGGUACUUCAACUUUACUAAGUGGACUAUAAUUUCUUCUCUCUCAACAACUACAUAAGCAGACAAAAUUGCAAAGAUCUGCCCUGUGUCGAGUAUGACAGCCACGACUCGUGGCUCUCCGGUAGGAGGGAAUGAUAGCCAGGGCCAGGCUCCUGAUGGACAGUCCCAGCCUCCCCUCCAGCAGAAUCAGACUUCUUCACCUGAUUCUUCCAAUGAGAACUCUCCAGCUACCCCGCCUGAUGAGCAGGGCCAAGGAGAGGCUCCACCCCAGCUUGAAGAUGAGGAGCCUGCAUUUCCACACACAGACCUGGCAAAGUUGGAUGACAUGAUCAACAGGCCUCGAUGGGUUGUUCCUGUGUUGCCGAAAGGGGAAUUAGAAGUUCUUCUAGAAGCUGCUAUUGACCUGAGUAAAAAAGGCCUUGAUGUCAAAAGUGAAGCAUGCCAGCGAUUUUUUCGAGAUGGGUUAACAAUAUCUUUCACAAAAAUCCUUACAGAUGAGGCAGUGAGUGGCUGGAAGUUUGAGAUUCAUAGAUGUAUUAUUAACAACACUCAUCGGCUAGUGGAACUCUGUGUGGCUAAGCUGUCCCAAGAUUGGUUUCCCCUUCUUGAACUUCUUGCCAUGGCCUUAAAUCCUCACUGCAAAUUCCAUCUAUACAAUGGUACUCGUCCCUCGGAAACAGUUCCUGCAGGAGUCCAGCUCGCUGAAGAUGAACUUUAUGCCCGUCCUCCUGACCCACGAUCACCAAAGGGUUGGCUAGUAGAUCUCAUCAACAAGUUUGGCACGUUAAACGGAUUCCAGAUCUUGCACGAUCGCUUCAUGAGUGGAUCAGCAUUGAAUGUUCAGAUAAUUGCGGCUCUCAUCAAGCCAUUUGGACAAUGUUACGAAUUUCUAACAUUGCAUACAGUGAAGAAAUAUUUCCUUCCAAUUAUAGAAAUGGUUCCGCAAUUUUUAGAAAAUUUAACAGAUGAUGAACUGAAAAAGGAAGCAAAGAAUGAAGCCAAAAAUGAUGCUCUGUCAAUGAUAAUCAAAUCUCUAAAGAACUUAGCUUCAAGAGUUCCAGGACAAGAAGAAACUGUAAAAAACUUAGAAAUAUUUAGGUUAAAAAUGAUACUUAGGUUGUUACAAAUUUCUUCUUUCAAUGGUAAAAUGAAUGCACUAAAUGAAGUUAACAAAGUAAUAUCCAGUGUGUCAUAUUAUACUCAUCGGCAUGGUAAUCCUGAAGAGGAAGAGUGGCUUACAGCUGAAAGAAUGGCAGAAUGGAUCCAGCAGAACAAUAUUUUGUCAAUUGUGUUGAGAGAUAGUCUUCAUCAACCUCAGUAUGUAGAGAAGCUAGAAAAAAUUCUUCGUUUUGUCAUCAAAGAAAAAGCCCUCACUUUGCAGGAUCUUGACAACAUUUGGGCUGCACAGGCGGGAAAACAUGAAGCUAUUGUAAAAAAUGUACAUGAUCUCCUUGCAAAACUAGCUUGGGAUUUUUCUCCUGAACAGCUUGAUCACCUGUUUGAUUGUUUUAAGGCAAGCUGGACAAAUGCAAGCAAGAAACAGCGUGAAAAACUACUUGAGUUAAUUCGUCGUCUUGCAGAGGAUGACAAGGAUGGUGUGAUGGCACACAAAGUGCUGAACCUCUUGUGGAAUUUGGCUCAUAGCGAUGAUGUACCAGUUGAUAUCAUGGACCAGGCUCUUAGUGCCCAUAUUAAAAUUUUAGAUUACAGCUGUUCACAGGAUCGAGAUACGCAAAAGAUCCAGUGGAUAGAUCGUUUUAUAGAAGAGCUUCGCACAAAUGACAAAUGGGUCAUUCCUGCACUAAAACAAAUUAGAGAAAUUUGCAGUUUGUUUGGUGAAGCACCACAAAACUUGAGUCAAACUCAGCGAAGUCCCCAUGUAUUUUACCGACAUGACUUAAUCAAUCAACUUCAGCACAAUCAUGCCCUAGUUACAUUGGUUGCAGAAAAUCUCUCUGCCUAUAUGGAAAGCAUGAGGCAGUAUGCUAAAGAGCAUGGUGAAUAUGAUCCUCAAACUGUAAGACCAGGAAGCAGAUACAGUCAUGUGCAGGAAGUGCAGGAGCGACUUAACUUCUUACGAUUUUUAUUGAAGGAUGGUCAGCUGUGGCUCUGUGCCCCGCAGGCGAAGCAAAUAUGGAAGUGUUUAGCUGAAAAUGCGGUUUAUCUUUGUGAUCGUGAAGCCUGUUUUAAAUGGUAUUCCAAACUAAUGGGGGAUGAACCAGACUUAGACCCUGACAUUAAUAAGGACUUCUUUGAAAAUAAUGUGCUUCAGCUGGAUCCUUCCCUAUUAACAGAAAAUGGAAUGAAAUGUUUUGAACGUUUCUUCAAAGCUGUGAACUGUCGUGAAGGCAAGCUAGUAGCAAAGAGACGAGCCUAUAUGAUGGAUGAUCUGGAAUUAAUAGGAUUAGACUACCUUUGGAGGGUUGUGAUUCAGGGAAAUGAUGACAUCGCAAACAGAGCAAUAGAUCUUCUUAAAGAGAUCUAUACUAAUCUUGGCCCAAGGUUGCAAGUUAAUCAGGUAGUGAUUCACGAAGACUUCAUUCAGUCCUGUUUUGAUCGUCUGAAAGCUUCUUAUGAUACAUUAUGUGUCUUGGAUGGAGAUAAAGACAGUAUCAAUUGUGCAAGACAAGAAGCGAUACGAAUGGUGAGAGUGUUGACUGUUCUAAGAGAGUAUAUAAAUGAAUGUGACAGUGAUUACCACGAAGAGAGAACUAUUCUACCUAUGUCAAGAGCUUUUCGUGGUAAACAUAUCACACUGGUGGUUCGUUUUCCAAACCAAGGCCGACAGGUGGAAGAUUUGGACAUUUGGUCUCAUACAAAUGACACGAUCGGCCAAGUACGGCGUUGCAUUCUCAAUCGUAUUAAAGCCAAUAGCGCACACACAAAAGUAGAACUGUUCAUCGGAGGUGAGCUGGUGGACCCUGCAGAUGACAGAAAAUUAAUUGGACAGUUGAAUCUCAAAGAUAAAACGCUAAUUACAGCUAAGCUUACACAGAUAAAUUCUAAUAUGCCCUCAAGUCCAGAUAGUUCUUCUGACUCUUCAACUGGUUCUCCGGGCAACCAUGGCAAUCACUACAGUGAUGGGCCAAAUCCAGAAGUGGAAAGCUGUUUGCCUGGAGUGAUCAUGUCACUGCAUCCUCGAUACAUCUCCUUUCUUUGGCAAGUUGCAGACUUGGGCAGUAGCCUCAAUAUGCCACCUCUUAGAGAUGGAGCACGUGUUCUUAUGAAGCUCAUGCCACCAGAUAACACUACAGUUGAGAAACUAAGAGCUAUUUGUUUAGAUCAUGCAAAGCUUGGGGAAAGCAGCCUUAGUCCAUCCCUUGAUUCUCUGUUCUUUGGUCCUUCUGCCUCACAAGUGCUGUAUCUAACAGAGGUGGUUUAUGCCUUGUUAAUGCCUGCCAGUGCACCUCUGGGAGAAGAUGCCAGUGACUUCCAAUACAACUUCUUAAAAAGCGGUGGAUUGCCUCUUGUAUUGAGCAUGCUGACGAGAAAUAACUUCCUGCCAAAUGCAGAUAUGGAAACUCGAAGGGGUGCCUACCUUAAUGCUCUAAAAAUAGCCAAAUUAUUGCUAACAGCAAUUGGAUAUGGCCACGUUCGAGCUGUGGCAGAAGCUUGUCAGCCAGUUGUGGAAGGCACAAGUACAAUUUCACCGAUAAACCAGACUACGCAUGACCAGGCAGUGGUGCUACAAAAUGCCCUACAAAACAUUCCUAAUCCAACUUCAGAAUGCAUGCUAAGAAAUGUAGCAAUCCGUCUUGCACAGCAAAUAUCUGAUGAGGCUUCAAAAUACAUCCCUGAUAUCUGUGUUAUUAGGGCAGUACAAAAAAUUGUUUGGGCAUCAGGUUGUGGGUCAGUUCAGCUGGUUUUCAGCUCCAAUGAAGAAAUUAGUAAAAUCUAUGAAAAGACUACAAAUGCAGGAAAUGAACCAGACAUGGAAGAUGAACAAGUUUGCUGUGAAGCUUUGGAGGUGAUGACCCUGUGUUUUGCUUUGAUUCCAACGGCACUGGACGCACUCAGUAAAGAAAAGGCGUGGCAGACAUUUAUCAUUGAUUUGCUGUUGCACUGCCACAGCAAAACUGUUCGUCAGAUGGCACAGGAGCAAUUCUUUUUAAUGGCUACCAGGUGCUGCAUGGGACAGAGACCUCUCCUUUUCUUCAUUACGCUGCUGUUUACUGUUCUAGGGAGUACUGCAAGAGAGAGAGCUAAGCAUUCUGGAGACUACUUCACUCUCUUAAGACAUCUUCUUAACUACGCUUACAACAGUAACAUUAACGUACCCAAUGCUGAAGUUCUUCUCAAUAAUGAAAUUGACUGGCUUAAAAGGAUUAGGGAUGAAGUAAAAAGAACAGGGGAAACAGGUGUUGAAGAAACUAUCUUAGAGGGUCACCUUGGAGUAACAAAAGAGUUGUUAGCAUUCCAGACACCAGAGAAGAAAUACCACAUUGGUUGUGAAAAAGGAGGUGCUAAUCUCAUUAAAGAGUUGAUAGAUGAUUUCAUCUUUCCAGCAUCCAAUGUUUAUCUACAAUACAUGAGAAAUGGAGAAUUGCCUGCUGAGCAGGCCAUACCAGUCUGUAGUUCACCAGCUACUAUUAAUGCUGGCUUUGAGCUACUAGUGGCACUAGCAGUUGGAUGUGUGCGAAAUCUCAAACAGAUAGUAGACACCUUGACUGAAAUGUAUUACAUAGGUACAGCAAUCACUACUUGUGAAGCACUUACAGAAUGGGAAUAUCUACCACCCGUUGGGCCUCGACCACCGAAGGGGUUUGUAGGACUAAAAAAUGCUGGUGCCACCUGUUACAUGAAUUCUGUCAUUCAGCAGCUGUACAUGAUUCCAGCCAUCAGGAAUGGGAUUCUUGCAAUUGAAGGCACAGGCAGUGAUGUAGAUGAUGACAUGUCAGGGGAUGAAAAGCAGGACAAUGAGAGCAAUGUUGACCCGCGAGAUGAUGUAUUUGGUUAUCCGCAUCAGUAUGAAGACAAACCAGCACUGAGUAAAACAGAAGAUAGAAAAGAGUACAAUAUUGGAGUUCUGAGGCAUCUCCAAGUAAUAUUUGGACAUUUAGCAGCUUCCAGGCUACAAUACUAUGUACCAAGAGGGUUUUGGAAACAAUUUAGACUUUGGGGUGAACCUGUAAAUCUACGUGAACAACAUGAUGCUUUAGAAUUUUUUAAUUCCUUGGUGGACAGUUUAGAUGAAGCUUUAAAAGCUUUGGGCCAUCCAGCAAUGUUAAGUAAAGUUUUAGGAGGGUCCUUUGCUGAUCAGAAGAUUUGUCAAGGAUGCCCACAUCGGUACGAAUGCGAGGAAUCCUUCACAACUCUGAAUGUAGAUAUAAGAAAUCACCAAAACCUUCUUGAUUCAUUGGAACAGUAUGUCAAAGGAGAUCUGUUGGAAGGUGCAAAUGCUUAUCAUUGUGAAAAAUGCAACAAAAAGGUGGAUACAGUGAAACGCUUGUUGAUUAAGAAGUUGCCUCCAGUUCUCGCAAUCCAGUUGAAGCGAUUUGAUUAUGACUGGGAGAGGGAAUGUGCAAUCAAGUUCAAUGAUUAUUUUGAAUUUCCACGAGAACUGGACAUGGAGCCUUACACGGUGGCAGGUGUAGCUAAAUUAGAAGGCGAUGACGUAAAUCCUGAAAACCAGAUAAUACAGAAUGAGCAGUCUGAAAAUGAACACUCUGGGAGCACAAAAUACAGGCUUGUUGGUGUACUUGUACACAGUGGCCAGGCCAGUGGGGGACAUUAUUACUCUUACAUUAUCCAGAGGAAUGGUGGAGAUGGCGAGAAGAACCGGUGGUAUAAAUUUGAUGAUGGAGAUGUGACUGAGUGUAAAAUGGAUGAUGAUGAAGAAAUGAAAAAUCAGUGCUUUGGUGGAGAAUACAUGGGUGAGGUAUUUGAUCACAUGAUGAAGCGUAUGUCCUACAGACGCCAGAAGAGGUGGUGGAAUGCUUAUAUUCUUUUUUAUGAACGUAUGGACACAAUAGACAAAGACAAUGAACUGAUAAAAUAUAUUUCAGAACUCGCUAUCACCACUAAACCCCAUCAGAUUAAAAUGCCAUCGGCCAUUGAACGAAGCGUACGGAAGCAGAACGUGCAGUUCAUGCAUAAUCGUAUGCAGUACAGCCUAGAAUAUUUCCAGUUCAUUAAGAAGUUGCUUACUUGUAACAGCGGCUACUUAAAUCCUCCUCCAGGACAAGAUCAUCUGAUGCCUGAAGCAGAAGAAAUAACUAUGAUUAGUAUUCAGCUUGCUGCUAGAUUUCUCUUCACCACGGGUUUUCAUACAAAGAAAAUAGUCCGCGGCCCUGCUAGUGAUUGGUAUGAUGCAUUAUGCAUCCUUCUUCGUCACAGCAAGAAUGUACGCUUUUGGUUUGCACACAACGUCCUUUUUAAUGUUUCAAACCGCUUCUCCGAGUAUCUCUUGGAAUGCCCUAGUGCAGAAGUGAGGGGUGCAUUUGCAAAACUUAUAGUAUUUAUUGCACAUUUUUCAUUGCAAGACGGACCAUGUCCUUCACCUUUUGCCUCUCCUGGACCUUCCAGUCAGACUUACGAUAACUUAAGUUUAAGCGAUCACUUACUGAGAGCGGUACUAAAUCUUCUAAGAAGGGAAGUAUCUGAACAUGGGCGCCAUUUGCAGCAGUAUUUCAAUCUGUUUGUAAUGUAUGCCAAUCUAGGUGUAGCAGAGAAGACACAACUUCUGAAAUUAAAUGUUCCUGCAACCUUCAUGCUUGUGGCUCUGGAUGAAGGUCCGGGUCCUCCAAUUAAAUACCAGUAUGCUGAACUGGGGAAGCUGUACACUGUUGUAUCACAACUGAUCCGUUGUUGCAAUGUGUCAUCGCGGAUGCAGUCUUCUAUCAAUGGUAAUCCCCCACUUGCAAACCCUUACGGUGAUCCUAAUUUAUCUCAGCCUAUAAUGGCGCUUCAGCAGAACGUAGCAGACAUUCUGUUUGUGAGAACUAGUUACGUGAAGAAAAUUAUUGAAGAUUGCAGCAACUCUGAAGAGACCAUCAAAUUGCUUCGUUUCUGCUGUUGGGAGAAUCCUCAGUUCUCUUCCACUGUCCUCAGUGAACUUCUUUGGCAGGUUGCGUAUUCAUAUACAUACGAACUUCGACCUUAUUUGGAUCUGCUUCUGCAAAUCCUAUUAAUUGAGGACUCUUGGCAAACUCACAGGAUUCACAACGCACUUAAGGGAAUCCCAGAUGACAGGGAUGGACUAUUUGACACCAUUCAGCGCUCUAAGAAUCAUUAUCAGAAAAGAGCUUACCAGUGUAUAAAGUGCAUGGUAGCUCUCUUCAGCAACUGUCCUGUAGCCUACCAGAUCCUUCAGAGCAAUGGGGAUUUGAAGAGGAAAUGGACAUGGGCAGUGGAAUGGCUGGGAGAUGAGCUUGAGCGUAGACCGUACACUGGCAAUCCCCAGUACACCUACAAUAACUGGUCUCCACCAAUACAAAG